CCACAUCCCUCUGUCUAGCUCUCAGUGCGAUGUGAUGUGCGAUAUGCGAUCCAUCCAUCCAUCAGAUGUGUCAGUCAGUCAGGCCCACCGCGCCACUGUCUGGUUAACGGCCAGCAUCUCGUCCCUCAGUGCGAUGUAGCUCUGCUUGGGGCGGUAGGCUGCGUCGAAGAGGAGGGGGUAGUCGGGCCGGAACAUGUCGCGGUUCAGCCACGUCGACUUGUCUACGAUGCCCCACGUCAGGAAAGCCGUGCAGUUGGGCUCCUCCAGACACACACGCAUGAACCGCCGGUACACGUCGGCCUGACAAACACAACACAUACACAGGAGAGCGAUCGGGACUCAAGCGGUUUCGCCCGCCCACCUGUUUCUUCUCAAUCUCCGGGCCCCACUCAUUGUCGUCGCCGCACUUGAUCCAGUUGCCCGUUCCCUCUGGGGCUCCGACAUGCUCCCAGCGGCCGCACGAGACAUCCAGCUCGGUGAACUGCACCUCCAGGCCCAGCGCCCCCAGCCGCCUCAUGUUUGCCCUUAUCCCGUCAAAGAGGUCGUAGUCGUGUGUCACGUGCGACUGGAAGCCCACCUGCAUACGCAGAGCACACGAGCAACUCAUCAAUCAAACAUGGCACCAGCAGAUGAUGGUCAGCGUGGUGUCGUCAGUCACCCCGUCGACGGGAAUGGCGCGCCUCUUCAUGCCUUUCAUCAGGUUGUAGAGGGCGUCCGACUUGCCGGCGCUGUAGCCGUCGGCAGACUCGCACCAGUACUCAUUAUAGAUGAGCUUCAUGGGCGGCAUGGGGGUGUCGUGCAGGGCGUCGGCGGCUUUGGCGGCCUUGGAAGCCGUCACGAAGGCGAGAUCAAUGAACUCGGGGAUGUCUGGGUACCACACGGUGUCGCGCAGCCUGUAGCCGCCCUUCCGCAGUUGGUCGGCGUCCUGAAAGUCGUCAAGGGCUGCACACACACACACACACACACAGAGAAAAGAGAGAGAGAGUGACAAAGGGGUACACAGGAGGGCGGCGGGCGAGUGAGCCUGUGUGUCUGGUCUGCUGCUCACACACACCCUCAUUGACAACGUCCCAAUGGAUGAGAUUGGGGUACUCGGGCGUCCUGAACCGCUCCACCAUCCUCUCAAUAUGCCCCACAAGCUGGUUCCUCUUAUCGGCAGCACUUAGCGUGGGCAGCCACACCCCCACAUUCCCAUAAUUGACGUCCAUGUACCACAGCAGCGUGUGAAACCGCGCCUUCUGCCCGUUGGCCUUGGCAAGCCUGAAGAUCUGCUCGCAGGCGUCAAAGGCAAUGUUGUCGAGGUCGGCGUCCGUCCGGGUCGUCCACCACUUGCACUCUCGCUCGGCCGAGAUGACUCCCAGCUCCUCCUUGACGAUCUGCUGAUAGGCUGCCUCGCCGCCAUAUCGGCACCUGGGGUUGUUCUGGGCGUCGAGGGGCGCCUGGCAAAUGACCGACCCGAAAGCGAUGCCCGCCUUGGCCGCUGCGGCCUUGAGCGACCCCACCCACUGAGAGGAGCUCUCCCCAUUGGCUGCCUGAAUGCCAGUCAGAGCCAAAGUAGUGUUCGUCAGUGGCGAGCUGCCUGAGAGCCAGCAAACAGCACAUCAGAUGGGAUGGGAUGGCGGGGCGUUUUGGCAUCCUCUCACCGCCUGUGUCCACAGUGAGGUUGACGGUGUAGAUUGUCGGUGAGGCGUCCCCGUCCCUCAGCACCGCAGCCUCCAAUGUGUGAUCCCCAUCCAGCAGGAAACUGUGGUCCGACGCCUCCUGCAGCACCCUCAGCGCCCUGCUGGCCUUGGCGGCGCCCUCAAACACACUGCCGUCGCGGGGAAACAGCGAGUACGGCGGGAGGCUGGCCUGGUGGUGGAAGACAUUCUCCCCGGAGGUGUCCGUGACUGUGAAGUCGACGGAGACGAUGGGCGGCAAACCUCUGAUGUGCUCGGGGUCUGGCUGGAAGAGAAUGGUGAUUGGGUCGGGCAGGUUGGCCGGGAGGGGGAAGGGGCUGCUGGUGAGGGGGAGGGCGUUGAGCAGGCGGCCGUUUGUGGCGUCGACGAAGCUGAGGAGGAAGACCUGUUCCUCGGGCGCAAACACACUUUCCUGAGCAUCUGCACACAGACAGACAGACAGACAGACAACGUUGCAGACAGGGGCCGCUGCAACGUUGCUGUCUUGUGACCUGCAAAUAGUUGUGCCACCGCCAGGGACGCGCAGAUAGGCCAAAACAGCUGCAUUGAAUCGUAAAGGUACUUGAAU